AUGAUCAUGCAAGAUACGUGGCAGGCUCGCGUCGGGUGGGACGAAUCGUUGCCGCAAGAUUUGCAUCAGCGAUGGCGGAACGUAAAACAACAAUUGACGCGCCUUCGCGAAUUACGUGUGCCGCGUUUUGUCGGAUUUCGGGCGGACGCGCGCAAAUCACAGGUACACGGCUUUUGUGACGCGAGCGAGCGUGCGUACGGCGCGUGCGUAUACAUAAGAACGCGCGAUUCCGACGGAUACCGGGUGGAACUUUUAAUUUCCAAAUCACGAAUAGCACCAAUUAGAGCAGUUUCGUUAACGCGGCUAGAAUUGAAUGCCGCGUUACUGCUAUCACAUUUAAUCGAGAAGAUUCGCGCAUCGGUUGAUUUAUCAAAAUCAGAGAUAAUUUUAUGGACGGAUUCCACAAUUACUAUACAAUGGAUAUCGUCGCCGUCGCGUAAAUGGAACGCUUUCGUGGCCAAUCGCGUUGGCGAAAUUCAGCGCCUUACCAGGAGAUCAAGUUGGCGGCACGUGCCGUCCGCUCACAAUCCCGCGGAUAUAUUAUCGCGCGGCGUCGACCUGGCGGGCUUAAUGCAAUCGACAAUUUGGUGGAACGGACCUGCAUUCCUGCAGUUAACUGAGGAACAUUGGCCGGUCAAAUUGUGUGUCGACUUGUCGGGCGAGUUACCGGAACAAAAAAGGGUAACCGCAGCGGCGAUAUCCAUACAACAAUCGAUUGUACUAAAUUUGUUGGACAAACAUUUCAAUUUAGACAGGGCAUUGCGAAUCAUCGCUUACUGCCUGAGAGUAGCGCGUUCGCGUACGAUCAAAUAUCAGACAACGUUUAUUUCGCAUCACGAAAUAACAGUAGCUCUGCGAGUCGCGGUGAGGUGCGUACAGAGACAUGCCUUUUCAAGGGAACAUAAACAGUUGACCGAGGGUCGGAACGUUGACGGCGGAAGUCGGAUUCUGUCAUUGACUCCGUUUAUGGAUGAACACGAGAUCAUUAGAGUGGGGGGCCGAAUAAGCAAUGCAGCAUUGCCAUACGACGCGCGACAUCCCAUGCUAUUGCCGAAGAGUCACCGAUUGACAACCUUAAUCAUACAGCGAGAGCAUGUAAAAAAUUUGCAUUCAGGCCUACAGGCCACAAUGCAUGCGGUGCGUCGACGAUUUUGGCCUCUGGCGGCGCGUUCGGCUGUCCAAAAAACAAUUCACAAUUGCGUAACCUGCUUCAAGUGUAAGCCGGCUGUAUCGCAAGCAUUAAUGGCAGAUUUGCCCGCGCAACGCGUGACGGCUUCGAGACCGUUCACGCAUAGCGGCGUAGAUUAUGCCGGACCCAUACUCUUGAAAGAGGGCAAGAGACGUAAUGCCAAAUUACACAAGGCGUAUAUGUCGGUGUUCGUUUGUUUCUCGACCAGGGCCGUACAUCUCGAAAUUGUAACCGAUUUAACAUCGGAAGCGUUCCUUGGCGCCUUUAAACGUUUUAUAUCGCGUAGAGGCAAGCCGGCAUGUGUAUAUUCAGAUAACGGCACUACGUUUGUCGGCGCGCGCAAACAAAUAAAGGAGUUGUAUGACUUGAUCAACGACGACGACACGCAGUUUGCGAUACGGCGUUUUAUGCGAGAUAAUGAAAUCAAUUGGCAUUUCAUACCGCCCCACGCUCCACAUGUCGGGGGCCUGUGGGAGGCGGCCGUGAAGUCGGCGAAAUUUCAUAUUAACCGAAUAGUAGGUAACGCGAAUCUCACAUAUGAAGAGAUGCAAACCGUGUUAUGCGAGAUAGGAGCGAUUUUAAAUUCGCGACCGUUGACCCCGUUAAGCGAAGAUCCAAACGAUCUGCAUUGUAUUACGCCGGGACAUUUCUUGAUUGGUGCAGCGCUAAACAGUUUCCCAGUUGCAGAUCUUACGAAGGAGAAUCCGGGCCGACUACUGCGAUGGCAACGCGUAGAACAGCUUUGGCAACACUUUUGGAAACGUUGGAGCGCCGAAUAUUUACAUACUCUAAUCGAGCGACAAAAAUGGAGGGCUAGCAGGGGCCAGCAAUUGAAAAUCGGUCAGCUCGCCAUGGUGCAGCAACCAGGCUUGGGGCCGCUGCAGUGGUUAAUAGGCAGGGUGCAACAACUUCAUCCGGGCCCUGACGGUAUUGCAAGGACGGCCACAUUAAGGACCGCAAAGGGUCAAUUAACAAGGCCGCUAACGAAGCUAGCUAUCCUUCCGAUAGACGAGGCACCUGCCGAUUGA